AUGGAUAAGUUUUCAAACCUAGUUCUGUCUGAAAGAUUGUCAUCAUUAGUCCGACCAGCUCAUUACAAACUACAACUUCGACCAGAUCUAACUACUGGUAUCUUUGAAGGCAGUGUUUCUAUUGAUAUUAUUACUAAGCAUGUAAAUAAAAACUUGUGCUUACACACAAAGUUUUUAAAUAUUAAAUCUGUAAAAGUGUACAACAAAGAUGGCCAAGAAUUAAUAAUAGAAAAAUUUGUUGAAGAGAAGCAUGUGGAGCAGCUAGUUAUUUUUCUUAAUAGUAUUCUAACUCCUGGAUCUUACAAAAUAAACAUCAAGUAUUCUGGUGAUUUAACACGCAAUAUAGUGGGAUUUUAUUUGUCCCAAUUAAAAAACAAAAGGACAAUGGUGGCCAGCAAAUUCCAACCGACUUAUGCUCGGCAGGCAUUCCCUUGCUUCGAUGAACCUGAUUUUAAAGCAACAUAUGAUAUAACACUGGUUAAGCCAGUCCCAUAUGUAGCACUAUCCAAUAUGAAUGAAAUAUCCAGGACAUUAAAUGAAGAUACUAAAACAGAAGCUGUCACAUUUGCUACUAGUGUCCCAAUGUCCACCUAUUUAGCAUGUUUUGUGGUAUGCGACUUUGAUUUUAAAGAAGCAAAAAUAAACACAAAUGGCAUAGGAAAUAACUUCACCCUUCGAAGUUUUGCUCAAAAAGAUCAAAUGCAUAAAAUUGAUUUUGCACAAGAUAUAGGCAGAAGGGCUACAGAAUUUUACAUAAAAUAUUAUGAGGUACCUUUUCCAUUACCAAAAUUAGAUAUGAUCGCUAUUCCUGAUUAUGUGUCAGGUGCAACAGAGCACUGGGGUUUGAUAACUUACAGGGAAACAUCUUUUCUUGUGGAUGAAGCAACAGCAUCUUCAAAAAAUAAAAUUAGUGUUGCUAACACAAUUGCUCAUGAAUUGGCUCAUAUGUGGUUUGGCAACUUGGUAACAAUGAAAUGGUGGGAUGAAGUUUGGCUGAAUGAGGGAUUUGCUUCAUACAUGCAAGUUAAAGCAUUAAAUGCUAUCGAGCCUUCUUGGACCAUGCUAGAUCAAUUCUUAACAAAAACUCUACAUCCGGUGCUUGUGACAGAUGCGAAGCUCUCAAGUCAUCCAAUUGUGCAGACUGUGGCUACCCCUGACCAAAUUACCGCCAUUUUUGAUACCAUCUCCUAUAAUAAGGGAGCGUCUGUACUCCGUAUGUUGGAAGGUUUCAUAGGCGAAGAAAACUUCCGACGUGGAGUGUCAGACUAUUUGAAGAAGUAUAAAUUUGGAAAUACUGUGACACAAGAUUUGUUAUCUUCAUUAGAACCUUACUUCAAGAUGGACAAUCCCGAGUUAGAUCUUUCCUACAUUAUGGAUACGUGGACUAAACAAAUGGGAUAUCCUCUUUUAAACGUGAAACCAAGCGAAGAGCCGAACACUUAUAUCAUAACUCAGACUCGGUUCUUGCUCGAUUCCAACGCUGUACAGAAAAAUGACUCGGAAUUUAAUUACCGAUGGUUUGUGCCAAUCACAUAUAAAACGAAUAUAAAGCAAUGUCAGAAAAUACUAUGGUUUCCCGAUACAGCAGACAAUGUAAUACUUAAACUAAAGGAUGGCGAUAAUUUAUUAAAAAUUAAUAAUAAUCUAGUUGGCUACUACAGAGUCAACUACGCACUUGAUAUGUGGCAGAACUUGAUACAGCACUUAAGGACCAAUUCUGGACAGUUGACAAUUUCCGAUAGAGCCCACUUACUAAACGAUGUGUUCGCUCUAGCGGAGGCCCGCAUAGUGCCUUAUGAUUUGGCUUUGAACCUCACUACCUAUCUUGUCAAGGAAAGGGACUACGUGCCUUGGGAUACUGCCGCUUCUAUAUUUGGUACUCUAUCAAAACGGCUGCUUAAUUCUAUGGCUCACAACGAUUUGCAGAAAUAUGUUCAACAGUUAGUUGAACCACUCUAUCGGCAACAAACUUGGACUGAAACUAAUUUGAAUGUAAUCGAUGGACUUCUUCGUACUCGCAUAUUAUCAUUGGCUACGUGUUUUCGGUUGCCUGAUGCCGAAGAAAAAGUCAGGAGCCUGUUUUUAAGCUGGCUAAACGGACACGGCACUUCCGAAUCUGUUCUGAUAGAACCAGACUUAAGAGACUUUGUUUAUUAUUACGGUAUGAAAUCGGCCACACAAUCGGAAUGGGAUAAGCUCUGGCAAAUAUAUUUGAAAGAAGAGGAUGUGCAAGAACAGGCAAAGUUAAGAUAUGCGUUAGCAGCGCCACGCGACACUGAGAUACUCAGAAGGUAUCUUACACUAGCGUGGGACGAAAACAAUAUCCGCAGUCAGGAUUAUCUAAAUGUAGUUCAAUACAUAAGCUGUAACCCUUCGGGCACGUCACUAGUGUGGGACGACGUGCGCUCGAGAUGGCCUCAGUUAGUAGAGCGGUUCACUCUCAAUAGUCGAUACUUGGGCAGCUUGGUGCCGGGCAUCACUAGUUCGUUUGACACGCCGCUCAAGUUACAGGAGAUGGAAACCUGGUUCGCACAAUACCCUGAAGCAGGAGCAGGUGAAUCUGCCCGGAAACGAGCACUAGAAACGGUACAUAAUAAUAUUCGAUGGUCCAGCACCCAAAAACCAGCUGUCGUCGAUUGGCUGAAAUCGCAUCUUAACUAA